GGGGCGCAGCCGAGCCGCCGAGGGAAGCCCUCCUGCUGGCGCUCACCCACUCUGCUCGGGUCUCCAUCUGCUCUGAUCUUCCCGUAGUUCACCUCCCAUGGCGCACAGAGUGAAACGGAGACCCACGGGCAAGGGUCUUUUUGGGGUCUGUAAUCGCCUCUCUUCUGCGUCCCAGCGAUCCCUUGUUGGACCACUGAGUCCGACAGCCCUGCGAGCUUCAGUGGCCGCGUAUGUGAACUGGAAAUGUUCACUGAAUCCCAUAGCAGAGUGGCAGACAGGAAGCACCUCGGAACACUUAGAAAAAAACCCGCGGGUUGCAGGAGCCUCUUGGGAUGCCAGGCUUCUUAAGGCGUCACUAUUCCCUUACCUGCGGGACCUCGAGUGACCCCUGUCACUUUUCUGGUCCCAUUUUACUAAAGUUCCUCAUCAAAGGCAGCCUCGCUGGGGGUGCCGUCUACCUGGUGUACGACCAGGAGCUGCUCGGGCCCAGCGACAAGAGUGAGGCGGCGCUGCGGCGGGCCGAGGAGGCGGUUCCGCCGGCCAUGUAUCAGUUCAGCCAGUACGUGUGCCAGCAGACCGGCCUGCAGAUCCCGCAGCUCCCAGCCCCUCCAAAGAUUAACUUUCCCAUCCGAGAGUCCUGGAAUUCAGGCAUUAUCAAAGUCAUGUCGGCUCUGUCAGCAGCCCCCACCAAGGCCCUGGAGUACUCCAAGGAGGGCUGGGAGUUCGUGAAGGAGCGCACCAAAUAGCGGGUCACUGCAGGCCACAGCCUGUCCUGCCAGCAUGGGGGCAGGGACGCCACAGACUUACGGACUCUGGACUGGGACCCCACUCUGAGGGCAGCUCCCGGCCUUGCCGGCCCAAUAAAGGACUUCGAGAAGCA